UUUUUCUCAGCGAAUCACACAACUCUACUACAUUUCUCUCUCGAUCUCUGUUUCUCUAUAUCACAAACCUUCAAUGGCGUCAGAUCAGAGCACGAUCAUGGAGGCGAAGACGAGACAUCCUCUUCACCAGAUCGCAGAUACGCCAACACACAAGCUUCUUCUGAAACAAUGGCUAAAAGAAGAAGAGCUCAUCCUCAGCCGUGUCUCUCACAAAGAAUCUCAGAUCGACUCUGUUCGUAGAGAAAUCACUCAGCUUUACAUCUUCUUCUUUCUCUUCCACUCCAUUUCUCUGCUGCUCCUCUUCCACGCGUCGUCUUCUUCAUCUGCUGCUGCUGCUUCGAGUGCCUGUAAAAGGUCAUGGAUCCCUUCACUCUGCGCUCUCUUGUCUUCCUUGGGGAUCAUUUGGGCGGUACGGUACAAAUCUGAAGUGGAAUCGCAUCUUGAGAAGCUGCUAGAGAGGGAGAAAGAAGAUGCGAAGCUGUUGCGCAAAUGCGUUGAAGAGCUGAAGAAGAAAGGUAUCGAAUUUGAUUUGCUCAAAGAAGUGGACGCUCUUCGUAGAGCAAAGAGUUUGAGAGUUGAGUCGAAGCCUGUGAGAAAAUGGUCUGCUAGGGAUUUCGUGACGCUCUUCUUCUUCUCUGUUUCGUGUUUGGUUCUCGCCAUGAUUAGACUCAUUCUCUGCGAUUAAGAUUAUCUUCUCAUUGCUCUUUUGUUUUCGCAUUUUGUAAUGAUUCACAGCAGAAUUCUCUGGUUUCUGCAAUUUUAGUUUUUUGUUUGAGAUAAUAAAGAACAAGUUUGAUUCAUC